AAAACACUUCCUACAGAAACAUCCAUUACAUAUAGUAAUCAACCUUAAAUGGCGAAAGACGCGGAAGGAUCAGAUGGACUCGCGGCGAGGGACUACGAAGAUCCGCCGCCAACUCCGUUUUUCGAUGCGGAGGAGCUGACCAAGUGGUCUUUGUACAGAGCCGUCAUAGCCGAGUUCGUAGCUACUCUCCUCUUCUUGUAUGUCACUGUUUUGACUGUCAUCGGCUACAAGAUUUCGUCCGACACUAAGGCCGGAGGUGACGAGUGCGGUGGCGUCGGAAUCCUCGGCAUCUCAUGGGCUUUCGGUGGUAUGAUAUUCAUCCUUGUCUACUGCACCGCCGGUAUCUCAGGUGGUCACAUAAACCCUGCUGUGACAUUCGGCUUGUUCGUGGCAAGGAAGGUGUCGUUGGUUAGAGCGGUGCUAUACAUGGUUGCUCAGUGUUUGGGUGCUAUUUGUGGAGUUGGGUUCGUGAAGGCCUUCCAAAGCUCUUACUACGUCCGUUACGGAGGAGGAGCAAACUCUCUAGCUGAUGGAUACAGCACAGGGACAGGACUCGCUGCAGAGAUCAUUGGAACGUUCGUUCUUGUCUACACUGUUUUCUCAGCUACAGAUCCCAAAAGAAACGCAAGGGACUCCCACGUUCCGGUGUUGGCACCACUUCCUAUUGGGUUUGCGGUGUUUAUGGUUCACUUGGCUACUAUUCCAAUCACCGGAACCGGUAUUAAUCCUGCCAGGAGUUUUGGAGCUGCGGUUAUCUACAACGAGUCCAAGCCGUGGGAUGACCACUGGAUUUUCUGGGUGGGACCAUUCAUCGGAGCUGCGAUUGCUGCAUUUUAUCACCAAUUCGUCCUAAUUAGAGCCUCUGGUUCCAAGUCCCUCGGAUCCUUCAGAAGUGCAGCCAACGUUUGAGUUCAACCACACAAAAAAAACAAAACAAAAAGUGGUUACUGUUAUGUAUAAAUUGGGCACGUGAUUUUGAAGUGUGUCCUCUUAUGUUUUUUUUUUUUCUUUUCCUCUGCUUUUAUUUGUGUGGAUUCCAGUUGAUGGAGUUUGAGUGUUUUACGUUUUCUAUGUCAGACAGUUUGUUUGUCUGUUUAUUGAGAAAAAAAGUUGACCACAUUGCUUCUCUUAUUAAUCUCCUUUCUCGGUUUCUCUCCUCUAA